GCUUUAAAAGCCGUCCGUCCAUCCAUCCAUAGAAAGCCAAACUCCCCUCUAUCCUGCGGUUUACGAUACCCUUUAUCGUACUGUCUUCUGCCUUCUCCUAUCUCUCUCUCUCUCUCUCUCCUUCUGUUCUUGGAUCAUCGAACCCACUGCAAUCAUGAGCAGCGAAGAAGAGAAGAAGUGCCCUCUAUGUGCCGAGGAAAUGGACUGGACUGAUCAGCAAUUGAAGCCCUGCAGAUGUGGUUACGAGGUGUGUGUUUGGUGUUGGCAUCACAUAAUGGACAUGGCAGAUAAAGAUGAGACUGAAGGAAGAUGCCCUGCCUGCCGGACACCUUAUGAUAAGGAAAAAAUUGUAGGGAUGGAAGCGAAUUGUGAAAGGAUGGCAUCAACAAUGAAAGAUCGGAAAGGUAAGCCGCAGAAGGUGAAGCCAAGAAAAUCUGAAGUAAAGGACUUGAGCAGUGUUAGAGUGAUUCAGCGAAAAAUGGCAUAUGUGAUUGGGCUUCCUCUUAGUCUAGCUGAUGAAGAUCUCUUACAGAGGAAGGAGUACUUUGGUCAAUAUGGCAAAGUGUCUAAGGUUUCCCUAUCUCGUACAACAGGUGGGGCUGUUCAGCAAUUUGUCAAUGACACAUGUAGUGUAUAUAUUACUUACUCGAAAGAGGAGGAGGCCAUUCGCUGCAUUCAGUCUGUACAUGGUUUUGUCCUGGAAGGUAGGUUGUUAAGAGCAUCAUUUGGUACUGCAAAGUAUUGCCAUGCAUGGUUGAGAAAUGUGCCUUGCACAAAUCCAACUUGUUUAUAUUUACAUAGUAUUGGUGCUGAAGAAGAUAGUUUUGGCAAAGAUGAAGAAGCUGCAGUUCACACAAGGAAUAGAGUCCACCAAAUUGUAGGUGCUACGCAUGAUAUGCAACAGCGCUCAGGGAAUAUGUUGCCUCCUCCUCUAGAUGAUCCCUUCAACAGCAGUGGUGUUCCCACUGACACAGUUAUUGUCAGAAGUGCCCAUAAAGAAACAACUCAUGCUACAGUAUCUCCAACUGGAAAAAUGACUUGCUCCCUUUCAACCAAAGAUAAGGAUGGAGACAUUAAAGCACCUAAUAGAACUUUUGUAGAUAUCGUUGGACGGUCUAGUUCUGGUCCAGAAAAAGUUGGGAAUGUAGCUGAAGAUGGGAAGAUUUUAAACUUAUGCUCUGACUUCUCAUCAGAAACAAUUGAUAGAGGCAAACACGUUGAUGGUAGAUCCUCUAAUUCUAUGCUAUAUAAGUUUUCAUCUUCAAGUUAUUCACCCAUUGGAGUGACAAGGGAUAAAGAUUCUCAGGGAUACUCUAUCAGAUCGUUUGGCAAACAUUCAAAGUUUUCAAUAUUCCCCAGAGCUGAUUUUACACACAGUGAUGCAUGCAUUGCAGAAGACCAAUCUCACUUGAUUUUUGAUUCACAAAGACAAGUAUUGCCCAAUUCAUGCUGUGAUGGGAGAGAAGAUUUACCAUCAGUUGAUGAUCAGAGAUCAAAUGGUUCUGACUGCUUAAUUCAGGGAUCUUCUGUGUUUCCUUCAUCUGACGUGGAUCAGAGCCCCAUACGUAAUCAUGUUGAUAAAGCUUCUAUACCCUUUAAAUGCGUAAAUUCAGUUUUGAUGGAUGGAUGCGAUGACAGGAAAUCCGACAGUUCCACUGAAUCAGAGGAGAUUUUGAGAUGUUCUAACUUUUUCUACACUGAGGAUAUAGUAGAACAGUUGAGAAGGCUUGAUGACGAUAAUGUUACCAAUGAUGAUGACCGUUCUGCGGUAGAUGUGGUUGAAAGCAGUAUAAUCUCAAAUAUCUUGUCACUGGACUUUGAUUCUUGUGACAAGUCCUUGACCUUUCACGAAUUGCUUGAGGGAACUGGUGGGUGUCAUGGUACUUGGAAUUUUCGUAAUGGUGAUGAAUCCAGGUUCUCAUUUGCCAAAGAGGAGAAUUCUUCAAACCAGGCAACUGUUUUGGACUACCCUGCCAAUAAAAUGGAUCAGGUGUCAGAGAACUAUUCUUACCUUCUGGAUUCCAUGAAAAAUGAUGAUCAUUACUUGCAUGGGCCUCAUCUUUGUGUGUCCAGAUCUCUAAGUUCAACUCCCCAGGGAUUUUCAAUGCCUUCCAAAGAACCACCUGGGUUUUCUGGGUGUGAGAGAACACACCCGGUUCUUAGUGCCACCUCUGGGACUCCGUUGGUUAAGACCUCUUCUUCCCCAAACAAUCAGCACCGAGCACUGUCUGCAGGAAAUGUCAACAACACUCCUAAUUUGGAUUUUAUUGAUCCUGCCAUAUUAGUUGUUGGUGCUAAAGGAACAACUGUGUUAAAUAAUUCAGGCUUAGAGACGAGGCCAACAUGUACGUCCCAACCUACCAUGUAUGACGAUGAGGCAAAACUUUGGCUCUUGAUGCAGGAACCUGUAUCUGCACAUCACAACCCAAAAUUUCCCAUGCAGGAGACCCCAUCUGCACAUCGGGAACUAAGCUUUUCUGGUUUCCUUGGAAAUGGAUUUUCUGUCAUGAGUGACAGAUUUGAUCUAUCGUCAAGGCUUAUGGAGCAAUGCCAGAUGUAUAAUCCAUCUCUGUUUACUCCAUUGUCGAAGCAGAAAUAUGGGAGUGGAUGCAUUUCAAACGGCGGCGGGUGCUGGCCCCAUCUGGAUGAGGUCCAACUCCAGGUCAGGAAUGAAGUAGGAAUGGCAGAAAUUCAGAGAAAUGAGAGACUAGGAUUCAACAAGGUGUUUCCGGGGUAUGGGGUUCAGAUGCCGGGCUCGGGGAUGUUGUAUACAAUAUAGAGUAUAUGGGUUACAGAUAGAUUGUCGUUUCUUGUUCAAAAUGACAACUCUCUUUUGCCAUUCUCAAACUGUGGGUUUAGCAGAAGAUCAAAUAUUUAUAAUUGUUAAUAUCCUCUUGAUGUAGGAGCAGUAGUAGUAUGUAUUUAUGUUUACCGUCUGUUGCUGCA